UCGGCGAAAUUUUUUGAAGUUUCAUAUAAUAAUAAUGAUGAUGGAAUUAUGGAUGAUCGAAAUCAAGCGUUCUCCAGUGAAGAAGAAGAAGAUGAUCGCAAUAAUGAGGAGGACGAUGAUGAACAUGAACAUGAAUAUGAUGACGACGAAAGCAGUCGUGAAGGUGAUCAUAUUGAUAUCUUCAGAAAUCCGUUUAUUACGAUAUUUUCGAAGAAUUUUUAUAAUUCUGUAAAUGUGGACGCAGCGAAUUCCGGUGCAGAUUUCAAUUCGUUCAAUAAUAGGAAAACAUUCAGCUGUCCAAAGAUAAAAGAAGAUUUUAUUACGGGCACUAAUACUAGUAACUUAAGUCCUGAAGACAUUGGUAUCAUUGCUGCAUUGGGUGAUUCUCUUGCUACUGGUCGAGGUUUAUAUCGAGCUGAUAUCAAUUUCAGAGGAGGAGCCUUUCCGAUUGGUGGAGAUGCAACAAUCGAUGGUCUUAUCACCAUUCCGAAUAUUUUGCAUGAAUUCAAUGGUAAACUGGUUGGCGCAUCGCAUGGAAUGGGUAAAAAAACGGAACUACCUAAUAAUCAAUUAAAUAUAGCUGAAGAUGGAGCCACUUGUUCAGGUUUGCCAGCUCAGGCAAAAGAAUUAGUGGAUCGCAUUAACAACCUGCAUAAUAUCGAUGUUAAAAGAGAGUGGGCAAUGAUCAUCAUAACUAUCGGCACUGAUGAAAUAUGUUCACGAUGUGAAGUUCCGAAUUAUAAUGCACUGGAAGAAACAUUGGCAAUACUAAAGAACGGAAUAUCGAAGGCGUUUGUCAUAUUAUUAGGUCCAAUUCAUGUAUCCUCUUCUUUCCGAAGGCAAGCAAAUCUUCUUAAGUUGCGUUGCGCUUGUUUACGAGAAAAAUCUAAUAAAUUCAUGAAAGAUUUAAGCAAAUCAUGGAUAGAAAUAUUCAAUCAAUUGCAGAAUAAUUUUGAUCGAAUCGAAACAAAGCGUCCAACAUUUAGUCUUCUUGUUCUUCCAAUGCUUACGAUAACAUCUCGUUCUCCUCUUUCAUUAUUUAUUGGGGACCAACCUCUGUUAGGUCCGAAAGGUCAUGCAUAUGCCACUAAAUGGCUAUGGAAUCGCUUGAUUACUGGACCUGCCUAUAAUCUUUCGUUAGCUGUUCUGUCGCAAGAUGCCUAUUAUUGCCCUUCAAUGGUUUGUCCAUACUUUCGAACGCAAGAUAAUCGUCAAUAUUGUCGUUUGCAUCGAUAUGGAGAUAUCGAAAAGACUUCAGUAAAAAGCAAUCGAAAAAUGAGACGAUCUAGAAAAAAUCUCUACAUUACUGCACUUAUUGUCGUGCUUAUUUCUUUUUGCUCAGUGGUCACCGUCGGAUCGCUUUUAUAUCAAAGAAGUGCAAAUCAUGGAAGAUUCGAGUCACUACGUGAACCAGAAACUAUAAGAAAACAUUUGUCCAAUGAUAAUUCAGAAGAAAGGGCCUUGUUAUAA